AUGUGCUCACACUGUUACAACAAGAACUACAUUUCCAACAGCCCGGUGCUGAGCAGCAGAGUGGCCGUCACUGUCCACGUUCUGGACAUAAACGAGUUCCCCCCAGAGCUCAGCAGCGCCUACGAGACCUUUGUGUGCGAGAACGCCAAGCAAGGACAGGUGAUCCAGUUGUUCAGCGCCAAAGACCAGGACCUCCCCUCGGCCGGACAACAGUUCUCCUUCAAAGCCGUGAAAGAAGACGGCAAGAACAAGAACUUCACCGUGCGCGACUUUGGGAACAACACGGCGGGCAUCGUCACCAAGCGCGGGGGCUUCCGGCGGCGUCUGCAGGAGCUGUACGUGCUGCCGGUGGUGAUCGAGGACAACGGGUACCCCCCCAAGAGCAGCACGGGGACCCUGAGCAUCCGGGUGUGCGGCUGCGGCGCCGACGGCUCCGUGCUCAGCUGCAGCGCCGAGGCCGUCUUCCUCCCGGUGGGACUCAGCACCGGCGCCCUCAUCGCCAUCCUGCUCUGCAUCGUCAUCCUCCUCGUGAUUGUGGUGCUGUACGUGGGGCUGCGGCGGCAGAAGAAGAAGGAGACCCUGAUGUCAUCAAAGGAGGACGUCCGCGACAACGUCAUCCACUACGACGACGAGGGCGGCGGCGAGGAGGACACGCACGCCUUCGACAUGGGAACGCUGCGCAACCCCAAGGCCGUCAACGAGAACAUGCUGCGGCGAGACGUGAAGCCGGAGCACAGGCUGAAGAACGGCCCCGCCCCCGGCGUGUCCCGGGAGAGCGCCGACAUCCGGGACUUCAUCUGCCAACGCUUGAAAGACCACGACACGGACACGUCGGCGCCGCCAUACGACUCUCUGGCCACCUACGCGUACGAGGGUGACGGGUCCGUGGCCGAGUCCCUGAGCUCCAUAGAGACCCACGCCGUGCCGGAGCCGGAGCUGGAGCCGGAGAUGGAGGAGCAGGAGGACUACGAAUACCUCAGCGAGUGGGGCCCCCGCUUUAAGACGCUAGCCGGGAUUUUCGGGGAUCAUUCUGAAACGCGGUCGGACUCAACGGCGCCGGAGAGCACGCAAUGA